UUGCACUACAUAUAUGUGUUCUCUUCUUUUCUCAAUUUUCUCAUAAAUUACAUCGAGAACUAAAAGAUAUGGAUACGGCUUUUGCAUACGUUUCUGUAUGGACGCUACUCGCCUUCGUGCUGACAUGGACAGUAUUCUACUUCACAAACAUGAAAAGUAAGGCGACGAAGUUGGCCGAGACGCUGGCGGAAGAACGUAAAGACGGUGCUACUGACGUUAUCAUCGUUGGGGCUGGAGUUGGCGGCUCGGCCCUCGCAUAUGCUCUUGCUAAGGACGGGCGUAGAGUACAUGUGAUAGAGAGGGACAUGAGAGCACCAGAGAGAAUGAUGGGUGAGUUUAUGCAGCCUGGUGGACGUCUCAUGCUUUCUAAGCUUGGCCUUGAAGACUGUUUAGAGGGAAUAGAUGCACAGAUUGCUACGGGCAUGGCAGUUUAUAAGGAUGGAAAAGAAGCAGACACACUUUUUCCGGUGGAGAACAACAACAACUUUCCUUAUGAACCGUUUGGACGAUCUUUUCACAAUGGCCGAUUCGUCCAACGUCUGCGCCAAAAAGCUUCUUCUCUUUCCAACGUGCGGCUCGAAGAAGGAACGGUGAGGUCUUUAAUAGAAGAAAAAGGAGUGAUCAAAGGAGUAACAUACAAAAAUAGCGCAGGCGAAGAAACAACAGCCCUUGCACCUCUCACUGUGGUAUGCGACGGUUGCUACUCAAACCUUCGUCGGUCUCUUAGCGACAACAAUGCGGAGGUUUUAUCGUACCAAGUAGGUUAUAUCUCGAAGAACUGUCAGCUUGAAGAACCUGAAAAGUUAAAAUUGAUAAUGGGUAAACCCUCCUAUAUCAUGUUGUAUCAAAUCAGCAGCACCGACGUUCGUUGUGUUUAUGAGAUUUUCCCCAACAAUAUUCCUUCUAUUUCAAACGGGGAAAUGGCAAAUUUUCUGAAGAACACUAUUGCUCCUCAGGUACCUUUAAAACUCCGCAAAAUAUUUUUGAAAGGGAUCGAUGAAGGAGCACACAUAAAAACGAUGCCAGUGAAGAGCAUGUCCGCUUCUUUGAGUGAGAGGAAAGGAGUGAUUUUAUUGGGAGAUGCAUUCAACAUGCGUCAUCCAGCAAUCGCAUCUGGAAUGAUGGUUGUACUCUCUGAUAUUCUCAUUCUACGAGGUCUUCUCCGGCCAUUAAGCAACCUCGGCGAUGCUCACAGAGUCUCAGAAGUUAUCAAGUCAUUUUAUGAUAUCCGCAAGCCAAUGUCAGCGACGGUUAACACACUAGGAAAUGCAUUUUCUCAAGUGCUUAUUGCAUCCACGGACGAAGCAAAAGAGGCAAUGAGACAGGGUUGCUAUGAUUACCUUUGUAGUGGCGGGUUUCGCACGUCAGGAAUGAUGGCUCUGCUCGGCGGCAUGAAUCCUCGUCCGCUCUCUCUCAUCUGUCAUCUUUGUGGUAUAACCUUAUCCUCCAUUGGCCAUCUUCUUUCUCCAUUUCCCUCUCCCGUUCGCAUUUGGCAUAGUCUCCGACUUUUUGGUUUGGCUAUGAAAAUGUUGGUUCCUCAUUUCAAGACCGAAGGAGUUGGCCAAAUGUUGUUUCCUGUUAACGCAGCCGCGUAUCGCAAAAGCUAUAUGGCCGCAACCGCUCUCUAAAAGCACAUAUGUCUUAAACCGCAAAAUAUUAAACACAUAUAUGUCUUUGUGCUUGUGCAUUUAUUGUCUUCUUACAAUUAUUAAUAUAUAUAUAUAUAUAUAUAUAUAUACAUAUGACUGGGAGUCAUGCUACGCCUAAAAAAAAUGUAAUAAUAUAACGCGUUUUCGUAUUGCUGAAUGUUUGUGUACAAUUAGUGACU